AUGAAAAGGCUAUCAAUUGCUCCCCCUUCAUCACGAAGAAAAUCUACUUUUUUAUCACUGGAAGAUUACAAUGCUCGAAAAGUAUUAGAACAAUUAGAUCAAGAUACCACAUUAAUUUUACAAGAAAUAGAUAAAAAUAUAUCAAGAGCAAAUGCUAUUAUUAAUGAUAAAUUAAAACCUGUAUUACAAGAAUAUGGAGUAGAAAGUUUAAAAGUAUGGAAUAAUACAAGUUUUUGGAAGAAAUUUUUUGAACAAUCUGCAAAUGUUGAAUUAAAUAGUUAUGAAACUCCAAUUGAUGAAGUUCAAACGAAUAUAUUGUCCGAUAAAGAUCAAGAGGAAGAAAUAAUUGAUAUUCAACAACCCAAAAAUACAACUUUAUUAAACUCAAAGAGAACAAAUUUAAGACAUAUAACAGAAGAAGAUACUGCUACUUGGUCGACUGAACAGAAAAAUUCAAGCUACAAACAAGUUACAUCAUCUACACCACAAAGAACUACAAGAUUUCAAAUAUCACCACAAAGAUCUACCCGAUUUGCUUCUUCAUCAAUACCGUCUACAAGAAAUUUUAAACUAUCUGACAAUAUCAAUUUACAACCUCCAACAUCAAAUUCAAAUUCUAGAUUAUCACCAUCAUCAUCAAGACGUUCUCCACAAAGAGUAUCAACUAUACGUCAAUCAUUAGAUGCAUAUCAUAGAAUAAGUAUAUCCCCCAAAAAAAUAAAAACUCCAGUUUCAGCAAGACGUACAUCUAUAAUUCAAAAUAUCUUAAAUUCAUCUCCUACUUUACCUUCGGUACCCAUAUUGAAAUCAGAUAUUGUUGAACAAACAACAUCACCACAUUCAAAUCAACAAUUUCAAUCUCUGCUGCAACAACAACAACAACCACAACAACUUCAAAAAUUCCCCAAUACUCAAAGAUAUAGUUCUACUCCACAAAGAAUGCCUCAAGAAGAUGAUUAUCAUCUAGAUCCACCACAUGUACAACAACCACUACCGCAACAGCAUAGUGAUUCAAGUGAUGAGCCAUUACCAGAAUUGAGUACAUCAAUUGUUUUCACAAGUAGUGGUAAUAGAAAACGAAAUAGAGAUGAAGAUAAUGUAUUUUUAGAAAAAGAUAAUAAUAAUAAUAGUAGUCACUCAAAAUCCUUAUCACAAAUUUUUAAUGAAAGUUUAAAUAAAUUGAGGAAAGGAGAUAAUAAUAAAAAUAAUGAAUCAGACGACGUAUUGAAUCAAGAUCAAGGAGAACAAACAGGUGAAUUUAGAGAAGAAAUUUUGGAAGUUUCUGAUAGUUUAGGUCCUUUCAAAAAUAGAUGGGAAAAAUUAACAAAUUUAGAAAAUUAA